AUGCACAAUUGCAGGUUCUAUUGGACCGCCUGCGAUGCUGAGGAGCUGGAUUGCAACAUUGGACACAGAACGGUACAGUGCAAACGCUCAUCGGCCCCGCAGAUGGUAAAUUUUCGGAGUCAACCAAGUGAAAAACUGCUUAGUGACGCGUGUGAUUCUUUGUCACUUGGGCAAGCAGAUGGUGUUGAUUUUGUCGAUUCGGUGGAUCAUACUCUGCUGAAAGCCACCUCUGGGUUUUCCGCACAGGCGUCAGAUGAAGGCGAAGAUGACUUUUCAUUGCCUCCGUUACUCACUCUUCAAACAAGUGAUUCACUGCAUUGUGGCCAGUCGACAUUCCCUCCACCAACAACGAAUGAUCCACCUCAGUUAGGUGUUCAGGAGUUAGAUGUAAGCCUCGCUCAUUCUCCUUGUAGGCAAACGACAAGCAACACCUCGCCAAAACCCUCGCUGGAAUUAGCAUGGCCCAAAAUUGCUCCGAAGUCGUCCACGUCACCCGCCGCGUCGCUCAAAAUCAAUACUUCCCCAUUAUAUGCACCGGUAAACCUGAACACUGUGGUCCAAGCCAGUGCCAACCACAAUGAUCGAACCUACUGUAUUUCUAAUCCCAAACCACAUAGACGUCCGGGUCAGUUUCCGCUCCGGUCUGGUGCUGCCAUUUUACGUCCAAGGCAGUCGGUUACAGGGCUACAGGUUAACAAUUUAAGCACGUUGCCAACCACACGCAGGAAACCUAUCAUCACACUUCAAGGAAACAUGGUCAGUUCUGCCAAUCGUUCUGCCGGAAUCACCCCCGCCUGGCUGCCACAUCUGACUCUAGUCCACUCAAAUGCGUCGUUGGCCUUGGGUAAACCGACAACCAUCCGUUAUGCGAAUUCCUACCCGGUGUUUAGUUCUUCACUUGCCGGUAAGCCAUACGCUUAG